CUUAUUUGGAAACACUUUAUCCAAGAGGCUCCGCCCACUGAUGCUGACAAAAGAAGGGAGGAAGGGAGCGCGUGAGCAGACGCACCUGUGCAGCAGCAAGUGAGGCGGCCACUGGCAUUAAGACGGUUUUUACACAGAACCUUCCGGGACAAAAUGGAUUUUAAUGUAAAGUCAUCAGCUGCACUCAUUUUUGAUGACUUCUUCCAAAAUGCAGACACCAGAACAGAGAACUGGUUACUCAUGUCAUCGCCUCUUCCACAAACUGUGAUCAUUGCAGCCUACAUCUUCUUUGUAACAUCACUGGGUCCUCGGCUAAUGGAGAACCGCAAAGGUUUUGACCUCAAAGGCCUCCUUAUAGCCUACAACUUUGGUGUGGUGGCUUUGUCACUCUACAUGUGCUAUGAGUUUGUGAUGUCAGGAUGGGGUACAGGAUACUCCUUUCAGUGUGAUUUGGUGGACUACUCUAACUCACCACAGGCUAUGAGGAUGGCAGCAACAUGCUGGUUGUAUUACUUCUCAAAGUUCAUUGAAAUGCUUGACACUGUUUUCUUUGUGCUGAGGAAGAAGACUAAUCAAGUGACAUUUCUGCAUGUCUACCAUCACUCAAUCAUGCCUUUCACAUGGUGGUUUGGAGUCCGGUUUGCACCAGGUGGCCUUGGAACAUUUCAUGCUCUGCUCAACUGUGUGGUGCAUGUUAUCAUGUAUUCAUACUAUGGCCUGACUGCCAUGGGCCCAAACUACCAGAAGUACCUGUGGUGGAAGAAAUAUCUCACUACCAUUCAGCUGAUCCAGUUUGUUAUGGUGACGAGCCACAUCUCCCAAUAUUUCUUCUUGAACGACUGCCCCUACCAGUUCCCCAUCUUUAUCUACAUCAUCGCUCUGUAUGGCCUGAUUUUCCUGUUCCUCUUCCUCAACUUCUGGUACCACGCCUACACCAAAGGCAAGAGGCUGCCUAAAGUGCUUCAGGCUCAAACAUGGACACAUCACACAAAUGGAGUUAUGCAAGCGAAUGGAGUUAUGAAUGGAAAUGGCAGACAUGAAAAAUACGAAUGAUGUCCGACUCUGGUAAUUGGAGACUUCAGGUUAACCGUGUGCAAGUAAACCAACCUACCGGCAGUCUACAAAUUCCAGCCAGUUUUUUUUUGGAGUUGUCUAAUACUAAAGAAUGUAUGAAUUAUGUCUAUAGCAAUAAUUAAAAGGUAUUGGGGGUGGGGGCAGUUCUAAUGGAAAUUACAGAUGCCUAUUCUUGAUGCAGUCACAUGUUAAGUUUGUCAGAAGUGGACUACUCAAGAGUGAAAUCUUCUGGGGGAUGAACCCCUGUCCCUGUAGUGUCUGGUUUCAAUAAGUUUUAACUUGAGAAGUUAUCUUUUUAAAAAAUGCACUGAAAUGUUAUUUUAUUUCACAAGAUGUAAACUGAUGACUGAUCAAUAUUACAACUUGUGUAACCAAAAAUGUCAAGAAAACAUGUAGGUCACUGUUAAAUAUUAAGCGUUUAGAGCAGGACAUGUUCUCGUGUCCCACAAUAGUCUGAGUCACAGCUGCUGAUGGUACACAUCUCCAGUAAAACUGUCCACAUGACAAAUGGCAAUAGUUUAUUGGCUUAAUGCUUCACCACAUGAAGCUGAUGUGACAGAGGAAGACUGAUGGUACGUUUUGUGGUUCUGAUGGGACCCAAAGCUUUAUCGAACUUUGCUAGAUCUCUCUGAUUUGAGGUGUAAUGUAAAUAUCUACUAUACAGCUACUCUUGCCAUUUGUCAAAGCUGCAGGCGCACCCCCCGCUAACAUACUAUUGUUUCUGGUGUGGAGGUUCUGCUUUGAGGCCUAUGAGUGACUCUGACAUUCGGGUCCUCACGUUGAGGAUGGGACUGGAUGUGAUGCGGUUGUAAAGAACACUCCACUUAUAUGCAUGUUGACGAUGUUAUGGUUUGUCUUGUGAAUCUUUAAGUAGCUGCUUGUAAUGUGUAAAGUUUUUGUAUCUUAAUGUAUUUAUAUAAAAUAAACUUGUGGUUGACUAGGUUGUA